AUGAACAAAGCCGAAGAUGACUUUCUCCUUUCUCUUCUAAACGCAAUGGACGCGUCACAGCCGGCCCGUCACACCCAACCACCGCCAACCCCCGCCAUCGCCUCGACAAGCGCGCCAACGCAGGCGACACAGUGCACAAUGAAUAAAGAGAUCACCCAGCUACUCGAUGGCGCAGAAGACUGGAGCUGGGAUGACGACCUUGACGAGGAAAUGUUGACACACAAUGACACCGUCGAGAUUAAACCAAUUUUGGAGGGUAAAAACGCGUCGGAAAGGCCAGUGCGGCAUCCCGUCAGCCCACACACGCGUUGUGUUGUCCACAGCGUCGAGCUUCCAACGGCGGCAAGACGCGAAAAGGUGCUACUGGUAGCUUUUGGCGAAAAGUCAAAGGACCUCCACCAGGUGAUCCUCCAAGCCGAUUGGGCGUACACCGACAUUUCUCCUGGCGACGUGAUCAAUGUUAUUGGCAACUUUGUACCAGCAGCUCAGGAUCUCGAAUACAAAUCCACCAUCACUAUCACUGUACAACAACACUUUAUCGUUCUUCAUCCCGACCUCCUCGUUACUGCGACAGCCAUCGCCAAUGCGUCGUACUGUCAACGGAGACCCCACAUCUCCACGCUCCUCUCGACGGCAUCCAAGCCAACUCCAGUCCUCAUAUGGGGCACGAUUCUGCAUGAAAUCAUGCAGGCGUGUCUCCAGACUGGGAAAUGGGAUGACACGUUCAUUCACGAAGCCACGGACCGUCUUCUCCGGGCUAACAUGGACUCGCUCGUCCAGCUCGACGUCAACGUCGACGUCGCAAAGGCCGAAAUUGGCAAACGCGCUCAGGGGCUGCGAGAGUUUAGUCGACGAUACAUUGGCACUGGGGUAAAUCAGAAACCUCGAGCAAACGCCAUACUGUCCGACUCUCAUGCGCCCAAGGGCCAAAAGGCGCUCCUAGCUAUCUGUGGACUGCAUGCGACUGAAGAGGACAUAUGGUCUCCCCGGUACGGAAUCAAGGGCAAACUCGACGCAAGCCUCCGGGUUGUUCUCGAGGAAAGCGAGCAUGGCAAGGACGCCAACCGGAUGGUGAUGGAUAUGCCGUUUGAAAUCAAGACGGGCACCUCGAAAAGUUCAAUGGAACAUCGUGCACAGACGAUGCUCUACACGGUGCUCAUGGAGGAGAGAUAUGGCACUCAAGUUCCCGCGGGACUCCUCUACUAUACCCAAUCGGAGGAGUUGAUUCGUGUGUCAGCGGCGAGAAACGAAUUGCGCGCUUUGAUACAGAGCCGCAACAACAUGGUCGCCUACAUGCACAAGCGGACUGCGCUUGCCGCCAAGUCUGGUGGCGAGCCUCUACCAUUCCUUCCUCCGACCGAGGACGACGAGAGAACGUGCCGUCGUUGCUAUGUCGUAGACGGUUGUAUGCUCUAUCGCAAGGCCGUCGAGAACGUCGAAGAUACUACCAGCGAGAUUGCCGAAAUCUACCGUGACAGGACAGGGCACUUAACACCUCCUCAAUGCGCGUUCUUCAAAGACUGGGAGGCGCUCAUCUCGCUUGAAGAACAAGAAAUGAUCAAAUUCAGAAAAGAGCUGUGGACGAUGGGGGCGGAACAGCGGGAAAAGACAGGCAGAUGUUUGGCUAAUAUGGAACUUGUGGGGCCGUCCUCGGCUCAUCUUGCUGACGAACGUGCAAAGCAACAGCAGCAGUCGAUUCAGAUGCAGAGCGGAUCCAAAGUCUACCCCUGGACAUACACAUUCCGACGACGGCGAACUCCUCAAUCCUCGUCUGGACUCGAUCCCAAAGACAGUGCCUCGCUCAUCAAUGGACAUAUAUCCAGAGGUGAUGCCAUUACUGUCUCCGUCGAGCCGGAUCUACUUGCCUAUUCUCGCGGCUAUGUUCUCGCUCUCGAACCGGAACAAAUCACCGUUGGCGUGGAGCGAGAAUUGGAUCUCGCCAAGCUCAUCUCAAGGAAUCACGACGUCGAGGAAUUUGGACUUCGUACAAAGGUCGACAGCGGUAUCGUUUUCCGUCUCGACCGUGACGAAGUCUCGGCAGGUAUCAGCCGGAUCCGAAACAAUCUUGCCCAGCUGUUCUUCAAGGAUGGUGAUAAGCGAAGGUUGGAGUCGGUCGUAGAUCUCAAGCCACCAAGGUUCAAAGAGCUGGAGACGGACAAGACGGUGGUCAACGCUGCCGCUCUCAACGCUAGUCAGCGUCUCGCGAUGAAAAAGGUGCUCGCAGCGGAGGACUAUGCCAUUCUACUUGGUAUGCCUGGGACGGGGAAAACGACGACGAUUGCAGAAAUUAUCAAGGAGCUCGUCAGGAGAGGCAAAUCGGUCCUCUUGACUUCGUAUACCCACUCUGCUGUCGAUACAAUCCUCAUGAAGCUGCUGGAUGUCGAUUUUGAUGUCUUGCGUCUUGGCAAUUCCGAUAGGGUGCACCCUGCUGUUCACAAAAUGACGCUGGCUGCGCGACCGCGUCCGACAUCCGUCGGAGAGCUCGAAAGACAACUGCUCUCCCCACAAGUCGUCGCGACUACCUGCCUAUCCAUCGACCAUACUCUGUUCAGCAGGCGAAGAUUUGACGUCUGUAUCGUUGAUGAAGCGUCCCAAAUCACACUGCCCACUUGUCUUGGUCCACUCCGCUUUGCGGACAAGUUUGUUCUCGUCGGCGAUCACUUCCAGCUUCCACCUCUUGUCAAGAGCGUGCAAGCGCGCAAAGGAGGUCUCGACGUCUCGCUCUUCCGUCGCCUCAGCGAAGCACAUCCAGAGGCCGUUGUUGAGCUCCAAGAGCAGUAUCGAAUGAACGAGGACGUAAUGAAAGUGUCAAAUGCUCUCAUCUAUGAGAACAGACUCAAGUGUGGAAAUGAGGAGGUCGCGAAGCGGUCCUUGACUAUCGACCUUCCGCGAGCGAUGGAGCAAACACAUCAACAUGGAAAGGUUACUUGCACUGGUACUUCAUGUUGGAUUCGCGAUUUGGUGGACGCUAAUCGACAUGUUGUUUUUGUGGACACCGACUCUGUACCGGCGAAAGAAUCCAAGGUCGGCGACUUGGUACAGAAUACGACAGAGGCAGCCAUUCUUCAGCAGACCGUCAAGGCUCUUCUGCACGGAGGAGUUCAAGAAUCACAAAUCGGUGUUAUUUCACUCUACCGACAGCAAGUUAAACUCCUCUCACAUAUGCUCGACGACCAUCGCGGAGUCGAAAUCCUUACUGCCGACCGCUCGCAAGGCCGUGAUAAGGAUUGUAUUAUCAUUUCCAUGGUUCGCUCCAACGAUUCGAAUAACAUUGGCGAACUUCUGAAAGAUUGGCGCCGACUAAACGUCUCUUUCACUCGUGCACGUUCAAAACUCAUCAUCAUCGGCUCUCGCGGCACCCUUGACGGAACCAAGCUCCUCCAAGAGUUUUUCGAGCUGAUGGGACGCGAGGACUGGAUGUACAAACUCCCCAAGGAUGCACAUCUCAUGCACAACCCUGAAUACGUUCAGCAGCAGCAACCACGACAGCAUCAACCGCCAAACGUCGCUUUACAUCCUCUACAGGAACAGCGAAAACAGGUUCAACUGCCUUUAUUACCUCUUCGUCCUGCCAAUGGCUUGAAACGAAAGCGAACGGCGGCAACGAUGGAAAAGGAGAACGAGCCAGACACCUCUCUUUUACUCUCACCCUCUCCUCGGAAGAAGAGGAAAGUAGUGAUUGAAAAGACAUUGUCUGUAUCUCGUCGCUCCAAGGUUGCAUCGGGUACCGCAAUUCUGCGAGGUCGCGCAAUGUUGAAGGAUGUCAUUAUGGAGGACCAAACGUUGUGA